CAGCGCCGUAGGGACGGGCGGAUGGGUGACGCCAUCGGCGUGCGCCGUGCGUGGCGGAGGCCCCCGCGCACGUGUCUCCUAGGCGACCAGCGGCCGCCGCCGGGCAGCAUGAGGCGGCCCAACCUUCUCCUCACCGGUACUCCGGGUGUUGGGAAAACCACGCUUGGAAAAGAACUUGCGUCAAGAUCUGGGAUGACCUAUAUUAAUGUGGGUGACAUGGCAAAAGAAGGUGAACUGUAUGAAGGUUUUGAUGAGGAAUAUGAUUGUCCGAUUUUGGAUGAAGACAGGGUAAUUGAUGAACUAGAAGAUAAAAUGAGUGAGGGUGGAGUGAUUAUUGAUUAUCACGGCUGUGACUUUUUCCCUGAACGGUGGUUUGAUAUAGUAUUUGUACUUCGUACAGAAAAUUCAUUCCUGUAUGACAGACUUGAAAGCAGGGGCUACAAAGGGAAAAAGCUGCAAGACAACAUUCAGUGUGAAAUUUUUCAGACACUUUAUGAGGAAGCUAUGUCAUCAUAUAGAGAGGAAAUUGUACACCAAUUACCCAGCAACACUCCAGAAGACCUAGAGAGAAAUUUGGAUCAGAUUAUGCAAUGGAUUGAGCAAUGGAUGAAGGACAACAAUUGACAUUUGCUGAUAAAGUAACUCUGCUGGAUCGCUUCCUGGGAGGGUUUAAUAAAUUACAUUCAUCAUUUUUGUAUGAUAAACUAAAAUCAAUUUUACUGUAACAUGGUAUGGUCGGGGGAGUAGAAGGUGGUUCAGAAUAGCCAGGUUGUAAGGCUUUGAAACAGCCCGUGGAGCACUAUGGGAGAGGCACACAGGAGAGCUGACACAAGUGAAAAUUCAUCUGUGAAUGAAAGGAUGAAAAUGACACGGUUGCCCUUAGUAGCAGGAACUGGGUUCCGUAACUGAGAAUUUCUUGGAGCCUACAAUUAAACCCAAACCUUCCCCCCUGCAAGAAAAGUGUGCAAUCCUGGUAACUAGUGGCAGCUGAGGAGCUUUUGAUUUCCAAAGGGCAAAAUGGUGUCCUGAAAAGGAGUUUUGUCUGUUUCUGAAUUUUUAGACUAAAACCUGCUAUAUUCCACUUUACUCUUGAAUGUAUGGAGGGUAAUGUCGAGUGAGGGGCAUGUGAUGUUGUUUAUGGAGGGUGCUUUAUUUUGGAGGGAAGAGAAGUGACGUGGUAAGAGAGAUAUUUUAAAACGAUUAUAAGAACUUUGGGGAUUACUUGCGGUGUCAGGAAACAUUAGCUGUGUCUGCACUGGUGUGGAAUAUUAAGCAAUAAGGUUUUUUCCUCCUUUUUCUCUUAAUAGUUUCCAUCACACGUCCCAGUCAUGGAAGAUAUUUAGGAUUCUGUAGA